AUGGGAGUUUCGUGGGUUCUGGAAGUGGAUAUUGCUGCGAAAGCAGCCGAAAGAAUUCUGGAAGGUGGGGGAUGUCACCACGUCGGAACAUUCAGUGUUGAUUGCACUCCGUACUCUCCUCAAGACAAGGUUGGGCCAUCUUUUUUGAAUCCGAAGAGAAAAGAAAUUUCAGUCAAUAUCGAUUGGCACAAACUAUGUUCUACAUCACUCACGAUAUCCUCAAAGCACGUUUUCUAUGGGUUUUGCUUUCUUCUGAAAAAUCAGUCAUUGAUAAAUUCAAGCUCCAACGGACAGCUACAGAACUACACCGCGAGCGAUUUGUGACCGUGGCUUUGAUUUAAUUUUGACAAAAAUGUCCUCUGGGUUUUCGCCAGACCACCAAGGACGUUUUGAGGUGGUUUAAGAAACACAAUUCAAUUUUAGCAGAGCUUUUCAGGUGACUGGGAACGAAUAUAGAGCGAGAGACUUCUUGAUAAGAGUGGGAGCCGUUGUGCAAGUCACAACUGUCAAAGGAGUUCUCGUCGAAGUUUAUUCAUCUGUCUUUAGGAUAUUUCUUACCUUGUUUUUCUUAGGUCGAAUAUGAGCCGCUAGACAUUGCCUAUCUUGCAAUGCCAAUGAUAACUGAGUUCGUCAGCGGAUUCUUCAAAACUUUUGUUGGUUUUCCAAUUUGUUCAUAGUUUGAAAAAGUUGUUUUGAAGAUUCGAGAAAAACCAGAUGUUUUGGACAAAAACGCACCUGAGCAAUACACUCCGCUCGAGACGAUGUGGCAGUAUUUGUCCCAUUUCCGGGCUCUACGCAAACGCGCCGCUCCUGGCACAUCUUAA